UUGCCUCCGGGCUGUUGCUACCGAUUUUGUCGAGCCAUUUUGCACCCGUUUUCCCUUCCCGGUCUGCAGCGCAGUGCUGAUUCACCACUCCAAACUCGAUCCAGUAUAAACCGGAAAGGAAUAUCGACCGCGGAUUCUAGAGGCCCAGAUUUUGGAUCCGUGUUGAGAGAGCCUAUUCCCGGGGCCUUCGGACUCUGAAAAGGAACCCGAGAAAGAAGAUAGGUGUACAUCGCCGGGAAAUUACUAGCCAUAACGAGAGCGAGUGCAGCUCUUGUUUCCUCUGAGCACUGUCCUCCCUCGUCCUCCCGGCUCUGCCCUUUUUUGUCUGUCAUCCUGGAAAGCCGUAAAGAUAUGGCACAACAGGAUAUAGUGUACAGAGCCUCUACGAUGUCGAACGGACCCUGGAACUCCCCGCGCAGCGUCGUCUAUGAUGACAAUGCAUAUCUAGGUAAUGCGCGCGACAACGGCUACUCUAGGUCCAGCGUAAUAUACUCGCCCGGGUCUGGUCCAACGUACAGCCCACCGACCAGCGCAUCGGUAGUGGGGACCAGUGGUCCGGCGGUGCGGCACCAGCCCGCGUACUCUCCGUCGCCGAUUUACAUCUCGAGAGCGCAGCCCAGACCGCACGGGAACUCUUCCGGGAGCAUGUAUAAUACGUACAACGGUGCGGCAUCGCAGAGUUGGGAUGGGCCAGGAAAAUACUCUCCAUCGGAUUCCGUUGAGGAUAUUAUUGCCUCGUCCAGUGUGUCGGAUUUUGCUUUGGAAACUAGUGGUAUAACCACCGCUGCUGUGCCGGCAGGAAAAGCCCGGAGCAGUGGUAAAAGCCGCACCCAGAGACGUCCGUCUAAUAGGGAUGAGUUUGAUGGACCGCACCAGUUUCUAGCCAGGCCCACGCCGGACUAUGUGGCCAUGCAGGAGAGGGAGCUGCCACAUCUCCCGACUAAUCUCCUGGUACAGGAGCAGGAUAGUGUCCUGACGCAGGUCAACGAUCGACUCUCGCAGUGCGCGUUCGACUUUGUUGCCAAGUAUCAGUUCCCGAUCCCGCUGACCCAGGACAUGCGACCCGUGGAGAGGCCUCAGGAUAGGGAAUGGACCGAAUGGGUGUACUUGCUGAAGCGCCUCGCGACGAAGAGGAGAAUCCCGGCCCGAGUGCUCUACAACGGGCAGAUCAAGCAAUUUGUAACAAUUUUGGAGAAUUCGCUGGAGAUGCGACAUGCCGCGAAGCAUCAGUCGCGUCCGUUGAAGGAUGACCGCAACAUCCUUCAACUGAUCAGCGCCGGGAUCCAAGUUGCCAAGAUCCUCAAGGACGCCGCGGCGAUGGCCUAUCUUGACAGACUAUACGUUUCCACUGAACAGCAGAUUCAUGAGCGAAGUGCCGCAGCGUCAGCACGGUUCCGCUAGAUGAUACAGCAUUGGGAUAUAACCGAUGACCAACGUUUUUUUCUCUUUUUCUCCCUCUCCUCUCGGAACUUCCUCAGCGGACGAGAAACUGCCCUUUGCGGUGCUGGGCGGCGCCCAAGCCGCCCCCAAUAAUACGUUAACCAAGAAGAUACAUGUAUGAGACCGACUGGUAUGUGGGACGGAAUGAGUCACGACUUUCCUUGUACAGAUUGCCUAGGACUGCAUGAGCAGAGAGGGCGGAGAGGAGGCUCUUGUGCUGAAUUUUUUUUUUCCCCUCAUACCGGCAUAGUAAUGUUUUUUUCUUGUUGCAAAGUUCAUGUUUCGUGAAAAACGGACGAGUCUAGACUAGCAAA